CCUCGAUAUUCAGCUAGCGAAAUAAAUGAAUGGUUGACAUCGUUUUUCUGGCAUUGUUUCUCUACGAACAUGUUGUCAAACUACAGUUCUAUCGACAAAACAACAUUUCCAGACCAGACUUGCGGUUCCGUGUUUGCCAGCACAGCAAUUGCACCAUCAAAACAUCGGGUUUUGUGUCUAGCAAAGCUAACGUCACGUUAGGCAAAAUAAUACAAUACAUUGUCACGUUAGCUACUGUAGAUGUUAUGCAAGUUAACGUCGCGGUCAUACACUUACGUGGCCGUGAAAUAUCUUAUUGUUGUAAAUUGUUUUUCAAAACUGUACUUUUUACUGUUCGUGAUUCACUGAAUGGUCCAACUAUUUUACAACGUAGUUGCGAGUGUAGAUAUCUGAUAACGAUCUUCUCAGGUGUACUGUACCGUUAACAGCACCUGCAACCUAGGCCUGCACCUUGGAAUUACUAAAGGAGUAUGUUGGAUGGUGCUUUUACAUGUUCCAAUGACAGAUGGUCAUGAACAUUUCAAUGAGUUGUUCCACCAGAGCCAUGUCUCCGUCAGUGCGUCUGCAGGAGAUGAUCAGGGUGAUCAGAGGAGCCCGUACACAAGGAGAGGAGCGUGGUGUGAUUCAGAGGGAGUGUGCUGCCAUCCGGGCACAGUUCAGACAGGCUGACAAUGGGACGCGCUCUCACAACCUGGCAAAACUGCUGUAUGUGCACAUGCUGGGAUACCCAGCCCACUUUGGUCAGAUGGAGUGUGUGCGUCUGAUAGCUAGCCCUCGGUACAACGAGAAGCGUGUCGGGUACCUGGGUGCCAUGAUGCUUCUAGACGAGAAGCAGGAUGCCAGCCUACUCAUCACUAACUCCAUCAAGAAUGACUUGUCCCACAACAGUCAGUAUGUCCAGUCCCUGGCUCUGUGCACCUUGGCCUGUAUGGGCUCAGCUGAGAUGUGUCGAGACCUCGCUCCGGAGAUCGACCGCCUCCUCAGAGCCUCCAACUCCUACAUCAAGAAAAAGGCGGCUCUUUGUGCAGUACACAUCGUCAGAAAAGUACCAGACCUCGGAGAGCUCUUCACCCCUGCGGCUCGUUCUCUGCUUUGUGAAAAAAACCACGGGGUGUUACACGGAGCCGUGGUUCUCAUCACUGAGCUGUGUGAGCGCAACCCAGACACGCUAGAGCAGUUUCGUAAGGUGGUGCCGGAGCUGGUCCAGAUAAUGAAAGGCCUGGUGAUGUCAGGCUACUCUCCAGAACACAACGUGGCUGGGAUCAGCGACCCCUUCCUGCAGGUGCGCAUUCUAAGGUUGCUGAGGAUCCUGGGACGUAAUAAUGAUACAGCCAGCGAUGCCAUGAACGACCUGCUGGCCCAGGUGGCUACGAACACCGACAGCAGCAAGACUGCCGGCAGUGCUGUGUUGUAUGAAACGGUUCUCACUGUCAUGGACAUCAAAUCAGAAAGUGGCUUGAGGGUUCUGGCUGUGAACAUCCUGGGGAGAUUUCUUCUGAACAACGAUCGAAACAUCCGGUAUAUCUCCAUGACUUCUCUUCAGAAGAUUGUUCAGACGGACCACAAUGCAGUGCAGCGUCAUAGAGGCACCAUAGUGGACUGUCUGAAGGACCAGGAUGCUUCUGUCAAACGCCGAGCGUUGGAGCUUUCUCUGGCCCUGGUGUCAGCUGUCAACAUCCGCUCUCUGAUGAAAGAGCUGCUCCUCUUCCUCUCCAGUUGUCCUCCAGAGCUCCGUGCUCACACCACCUCUGGCAUCUUCAAUGCCGCAGAGAGGUAUGCUCCUUCUCAGCGCUGGCACAUUGACACCAUCCUGCAUGUCCUCACCACGGCAGGGGGCGAUGUGAGGGAUGAGACGGUUCCCAACCUGAUCCAGCUCAUCACCACGGCAACAGAACUACACUGUUACACAGUCCACAAGCUAUACAGAGCCCUGAUUACAGACAUCUCAGUGCAAUCCUUGGUACAGGUGGCCUGCUGGUGUAUUGGGGAGUAUGGCGACCUGCUGCUCAGGGGAGAGUGUGAGGAGACUGAACCAGUUCAGGUGACAGAGGAUGAUGUUCUGGACGCCUUGGAAACAGUCCUCCAGUCACAUAUGUCGUCGCCGGCAACCAGGGGCUUUGCACUAACAGCAACCAUGAAACUCAGCACACGUAUAACUCAUAACGUAGAUCGCAUUCGGAGCAUCGUCAGCAUCUAUGGUAGCUGCAUCGACGUGGAGCUCCAGCAGAGGGCAGUGGAAUAUAACGCCUUGUUUAAGAAAUACGACCAUAUGAGGGCUGCAGUCCUGGAGAGAAUGCCAGUGAUUGACAAGAGCUCACCAGGACAUACGAAUGGAGAAUCAGCAGGGGGUAUCAAAGAGCUGGAGCAAACCAAACUGACACAGGAAGUAGUAUUGCCCAAGGAUCCUGGUAACCAGGUGUGUGACCUGUUAGACCUGCUAGGUGGUUCGGGGGAGCCUGUCCCCAGCUCAGGCCUGUCCCACACAGUGCCGGGGCCAGCUACCAGCACGUCUGGGGGAGACCUACUGGACCUGCUGGGAGGCUUGGACGUCUCACCUGCUCCUCCUAGUGUUAAAGUGUAUGAGAAGAAUGGUGUCACUCUGAAACUACAGACUGACAGCCAGACAGACACAGGAAUGACCAUAACCCUGACUGCCACCAACUCUACUGACGGAGAUAUCACCAGCCUCACCCUGCAAGCAGCGGUACCCAAGAGCGUCCAGUUACAAAUGAAGGCCCCGAGUGGUGACGUCAUCCCAGCACGGGGUUUAGGCCUGGUGACUCAGACUGUUCUGCUCAACAACCCUAACAAGGUGAGCCUGAAGAUGAGAGUGCGUGUGUGUUACAGCAGCCAGGGCGCUGUCUGCCAGGACACCGUGCAGAUUGACUCCUUCCCUAGCCCCGCCUGGUAAUGACCACCUCAGUCAACCUGCCCAUCAGGACAGACGCUAACAUCGGACCAUGUAUGUGGAAGGAUUGACCGUCACCCAGGCUCAGGAGCGGGAAUCCAUUCUGCCUGUCAGCUUCUGACAGCUGCCUGUCAAUCAUACACAGAUGUAACUGUAGCUAUUUUACACUACAACCAGAUGCUCUGUCGAUCCAAGCUGAUGUUUUACAUUUUCCAAAUGGCCUCCUGAUUUGUGGAAACGUCCUCUCCAGUUGGCAGGGAUUCAUCUAGUUGGACUCUGAGACUGUCAUUCAAAAAGUCAUAGUCACCAUUCAAUCUUUUCAGCUUCGGUUUGGACUGCUGGUGUUAGAUAUCCCAUAGUAUAUUAACUGGUAUGGACACUUGACACAGACUGGUAUUGACACUACUGAACGUGGUAUUGGCUUUGGUUUCUACUAUAUUUCCAUAGUUGCAAGCCAUCAUUGGUCACCACCGUCAACUAGAAUACUUUAAAGCCGUCAGCUUGAGCCAGUGGGGAUUGUCCAAUCAUUCCAUGUUCAAUCAAUCCUACCCCAUUAAUCAGUCAGGAUAAUCUCUUAUGAGUAGCUUGAAGUCUUGGUUCAUGCUACUCACUAACCUAACUUGCGUGGACUUAACAACUACAGGACUUCUUACCUACAUAUAAUUGAGGCUGGCUGUUUCGGUGCCCUCUUGUCAAUCUGCGCCACAUGAUCAGAGUGUUAGCCUUCUCUAUACUUACUGUACAUUCCUUCCAUCAGUGUGCUCUCCUCCUCCCCACCUCUCUCCAUCAUCCACCCAGCUGCUUCUCUUCCCCUGUGCCUGUCACUCGGAGCCUCUCUGGAGCUGAGAUAUAAUCAUGUAUUUGUAGACUGAGUAUAUUUUGUGGUGAGAGUUGCUAUAUUAUUGGUGAAUUCUGGGUUAUCCCCCAAUCCUGAUCUCUGGAUCUUUUUGAUGUGUCUGUGACAGUCGUUGUUACAAUCUUGUUACAAUACCAUGUAAUUGAUAAGACAAGCUAAUGGAUUUUGUGGAGCUCUCUUGAUUACAGUGUGGUGUUUGGGACACCAAGGUUGUUGGUUCAAUUCCUUUGGGUGGCAGUAUGAAUAUUCAUCACUACUGUGAUGUCUGCUACAUUAAUUACAUGUAAUUGUAUAUUUUAGGGAUGCGAAACUGGGCCAACCACAGGAAUAUAAAAUCAAAAAAUGUACUUGUUAACUUUAAUUUACAUUGUGGUCAUUUAGCCAGUUCUUCUAUCAAGAGAGGCUUACAGAAGCAGUUAGGGUUAAAACUUUCAGUUGUUGUCAGAUGAUUCAAAUGUAUCUGCUUACUUGCAAAUGUUCUGAAUCCCUGGCCAUAUCACUGGAUACCCAACAUUGCCUUUCAAAAUAACUUGUAUUGACAAAAUAUUGUCUGAUUUAUGGAUAUAAAUGAGUCUUGUUAGAAAUGGAUUUCCAAACCUUACCCCUUUAGACCAGUACCCUCGUAAUGGAACCAGAGAAAGAAAUGGAGACCAAGAGAAUUCAGUCUGUUGCGUGCAAUGCCUUUAACUCCUGUGUCAUUUGUAAUUAAAGGUUAUUUAAAAAAAAAAUCA